AUGAUUCAUUCAUCGAUUUCAUUUGCAGCAUGUCAUCAUCCAUCCAUUUUUGAUGAUUCGUUCAUUGCACCUAUAUUCCUCCUCUUCCUCUUUUAUGCUCUUCUUCUUGAUUUUCCUAUACCAACCUUGUUAUAUAUAUAUAUAAAGAAACGUCGUCGUAGUCGUAGAUAUUAUUCUACAGUCCUUUCUGUCUCUGAUUGA